CGCUUUCAGUUGACUUUGAAACUCUAACAGCAAACCAUUUCAAAUUAGACAUAAAAAGUUUAAUCAAUAAGGAUGGUAUUAAAUGGAUGUCAGCUUCUUGAGAAAGAGAUUUUCUUUUUCAUCACCUUACUUGCUCUUGGAACGGGCUUACCACAAGGUGCACCGGAAAGUGUUUGUGAAACUAUGUUGCCAUUCCAUGCCGGCGGUAGUAUACUUCCUGAAAAAAAUGUGUCCCCAUUUAUUGUGGAAACUGCAGAUUCUGUGAUUGCUCAGGGAGAGACUCUCAAAGUUGAAAUUAGUGGGGUGCCAGCUGGAUUAAAUCUUGGGGGUUUUAUGGUUCAGGCACGAAAUUGGAAUCCACCAUUUGGAAUUGUUGGCCAAUUCAGUUCGAUUAAGGAUGGCCCUGUGAAGUUACUGAAUUGCGAUGAUUCGGUAAAUAACUCAGCAACGCAUAAUAAUGCUGGUGCAAAGCCUCAAGUGAUCAUAGAGUGGAGAGCUCCUUUGGACUUCUUGGGCCAAGUGGUGUUUAACGCCACUGUGGCUGAAGCAUAUAAUAAAUUUUGGACUGGCGUGGUUUCCAAUCCAAUCCAUGUAGUCAAACGGGAUCUGUUUGUAGAGACUGCUCAACUACCCACCACACGAUUACCCAGUUCUACUAUGAAAUACUUCACUACUCAAGCUCCUUACACGCCUUCGGAAUUUAUAUCUUCCAAUGUAGUCAUCAGUUCCCGUAUGGAUGUGAUUUAUAAUGAUUGUGGGGCGAGGAAGACUUGUUUUGGUUCACCCGAUGGCUGUAUCAUCAGCAAAUCCUGCAUUUCCAUUACAGCAGUGACUGUACGGGGCAACAUAUUUGAGUUCGAACUUCAAUCUGGAAAAGACAGCAAGGCUGUAUAUGUGGCCAUGGGUUUGUCAGAUGAUGCUAAGAUGGGCGGAGAUUUGGUAAUUGAAUGCGUUCCGGAGAACGGUCGUGUGAGCUUAUAUUCAUCCUAUACAUCCAGCUCUCCCUAUGCAGCGAUUAGAUCUAAUGUGUUCCAAAAUUCUGCUCAUCUUAUAAAUGCUUCGUUUGUGGAUGGUGUUAUCUAUUGUAAAGUACAACGCGACCCUUUAAUAACCGUUCAAGGUCGCACUUUUGACUUAAGGAAUGACAAGUAUCACUUACUUUUAGCUUCAGGAACUACCUUAAAGGAUACUGGUAUAGGCUUUCAUGAUAUAGGACGCUCUCCAUCUGGUAAUCGCAUCAAUUUGGCUGUAGUCCAGGAUUUAGGUGGUAGCAAAAUGGUCUUGGUCCACCUUCAUGGAGCAUUUAUGAUUACUGCCUGGAUAGGCACUGCAUCGCUGGGUGUAAUAUUCGCUCGAUACUUUAAGCACACAUGGGUGGGCCAUCAGAGCUGUGGAAAAGAUCAAUGGUUUACUUGGCAUCGGUCAUUAAUGGUAACCACAUGUCUAUUAACUGUAUUCGGCUUGGUUUCUAUUUGGGUGGAAUUAAAGCAAGCUGUCUGGCAUGCUCACUCAAUAUUGGGACUGAUGACGAUUAUUUUAUGCUUUAUACAACCAAUUGGAGCUUUUUUUCGUCCAGGACCGAAUGAUGAAAGCCGACCAUGCUUUAAUUGGUUUCAUUGGUUGGUUGGAAAUGUGUGUCACACCUUGGCAAUUGUGGCCAUUUUCUUCUCAGUAAAUCUUUCAAAGUCUGAGCUGCCCGAAUGGACGGAUUGGAUUUUGGUUACUUUUAUAGUAUUACAUUGUUUGGCCCAUCUAAUAUUUUCUAUCGCUGGAGCCGCUUCGGACAGACAACUAAAUCAACGAAUAAAUGCAUUUCAAAUGGGUGAAAUGUCUCAUCAUCAAGAUGCUAUGCGCAACGGUAUAAUCGUUGCAACAGAAUUGGAUGCACCGCAUGCUGGUCUCCGCAAGGGUCUUUUGGGUGUCUAUGGGAUAGUUGUGUCAUUUUUUGUUGUUGUGCUGAUUCUUCUAGUCUUACUUGCGCCCAUUGAACAGUAUUGGUCAUCGUCUUAAAUAUUAUAUUCCCACUGUCUAUUAAUAAUCACAAUUCUUUUUUUCCCCUACUAAACAUGUAUUCCAUUUUUUAUUUCCUGUCCGUAAAGCUAAAAUAAUUAGUUUUUGACAAUAAAAUAAUUAAAACAGCAUUAAAA